AUGACUGAGUAUGUUCAUAAUUUUGAUGGUUGUAAAUGUUUCAUAGGAUAUUUUAAUGCUAUUUGUUCCAAGAAUGAAAAAUUUGGUGGUCUGCCAGUGUUGAAUUCGAAUAUAGCAUACUUCAAUAAUUUUAUUCAACAGAACCACCUGAUUGAUCUUGGUUAUAAAGGACCGGCUUACACAUGGACAAAUGGUCGUUGUAUGGAUAAUCUUAUUCGACAACGUCUUGAUAGAGUUUUAGUCAAUCCAGAAUGGUGUAUAUCUUUUUCUUUUGUUGUUGUUAUUUAUCUUCCAAGAUUAUCAAGUGAUCACGCUCCAAUUCUGCUGAAUACUUGUAGAAAUAUCUCCAGAUCACCUCUUAACUAUAAAUUUGAAGCAAUGUGGCUUGCCCAUCCUGAGUUCCUGGAUAAAGUUAGAGAAUGUUGGCCUGAAGACGAUGAUGAGGACAUUCAAUCCAAAUUAAGAAAACUGGGUGAUUUUUUAACUGAAUGGAGUUGA